UCCCCCCACCCACCUCUAUUUUCAGUAUUUAAACCCUUCAAUCCAUCUGGGUUCUAAUGAAAUUUCAAGAUCAAUAUUCACCUGUUUCAACAAAAACAGAGAAACCCAAGUUUCCCCAGCCUCCAAUUUCAGUGUUUAAGCACUCAAAUUCAUCUGGGUCCAUCUGAAAUUUCAAGAAAAGCAAAAAACAGAGCAACCCAAGUUUUUCCCAGCCUUGAAAUUCAGUGUUUAAGCCCUCAAAUCCAUCUGGGUCCAUCUGAAAUUUCAAGAAAAGCAAAAAACAGAGCAACCCAUCAGAAAAAGGAGAGAAAAUGCCGACGAACCUGAAUCUUAUGAACCUGCAGUACAACGUGUCGAAGAAAAAGUUCCUCCGAGAACCGUCGCGGCUGUUCUCGUUCAGAGACCGGCAGAGCUCCGGCCUCCGGCGGGCGCUGCAGCCGAGCACGGAGGAGAUAAAGCAGAUCUUCAACAAGUUCGACACGAACAGAGACGGGAGAAUCUCGAAGCAGGAGUACAGGGGAAUUCUGAAGGCCCUGGGGAGGGGGAACUCAAUGGAAGAGGUGCAGAAGAUCUUCAGGGCGGUGGACGGCGACGGCGAUGGGUUCAUAAAUUUGAACGAGUUCAUGGAAGUUCACCGGAGUGGCGGCGGAGUUCAGGCGAGGGAGGUGGAGUAUGCGUUCCGAACGUUCGAUUUGAACGGCGAUCGGAAGAUAAGUGCGGAGGAGGUGAUGAGGGUAUUGAGAGGAUUGGGGGAAAACUGUAGCCUCGAGGACUGCCGGCGGAUGGUGAGGGCGGUGGACAGCGACGGCGACGGCAUGGUGGACAUUGAUGAGUUCAUGACUAUGAUGACUCGCUCUGUAAAGUAGGCUUAGGAGCUGAGUUCAAGCUUUGAGGGCUCUUUCUUUAAUGGCGUUUUAUGGAUGUAAAAGUGUUCAUGUAAAGUGAAAAAUCCUAAGGUUGAAACUUGAAAGUUUGGAUCUUCUUUGUAUAUUUAUCAAACUUUCAAAGAAGUGUGUCUUAAUUUGCAACUAUAGCUACUUCUAAUAAAUCACUUCUACUUUAUCUGAA